AUGGUAGUAAGAAAGGCGAGAAUAACUGAAAAAAGCCCGUUGAAGAGUAUUAACACGGUUGGUUCAGCAAUAAGCAGCUAUCGAAUGAAUACGAGUGGUAUGUAUAGUGGUGGUGGUGGUGCGACUGGUGGCUCUGAGUUAUUGCGACGUUUGAGUGCCAUCAACGAAGUCGAUCGACGGAUUGCCGAUCUGCUGAAACAAGCACAAACUUGUAUCGCUGAACUGAGUAAAGAGAAACAGAUAAGCAAAUCGCGGAUGGAAGAUGCUUCUUCGGAGUUCAAACGAACGUUGAAUGCAAUCGAAAGUGAGUUGAGUUCUCAGAUGCAGUAUCUGAGUCACGUUUGCGUCGGUACUCCACAUCAGGGCUCAACAUUCGCAUCGCAGCAGAAUAUAUUCCUCGCCGAACAAACGCUCGUCUCACUCAACAACCGUCUUGCUAAAAUUCAGUCUGAACAUAUCCCUUCAACAAAUGAAGACAUCUCCAUGCAGUGA